UUCAUUGCCUCCCCAAAUCCCAGCUUGUCAGACUGUGUGAGCAAAACCAACACUGUUUCUGGAGUUACCACUUUGCCACUGAUCUUGGUACUGCUGAGAGUCCCAGAGUUGUCUUCUUUUUUGUGCUGUCUCACUGUUAGUGCAAAAUCUGGCAAGUGCCCCUCUUCAAUUCUUGCUGGGAUGUGCUACAGUCAUACUGUUCUUCUUGACCUCCAGAUGUUUUGUAAUGUACCAAAGUGCCUUUAUAGUUUUCUCUCUUAAUUUGUGACUUUUUUUUUUUAUUAUUAUAAUGAUCAUCAUCAAUAUUUUAUCUUGGUUUCUAAUUAUUAUUUCAGCGACAUCUGCCUGAGCAAUGUUGUUUUCAAGUCUAGAUUCAUCCUGUGUGUUGUUGCUGGAAUUGUUUUCAAGAAGCCUCAGUGGUGUUUUUAGGCUUGAGACAAAGGGUAGAUGAUGAAAAGAACAGUGGGGACAAUGGAAUGAGAUACAGUGCGAGUCAGUGGACAUGAGAGUGAACUGAGAGAUGAACCUAAAAUAAAGCAAAAUCUGUGAGUGGAGGAGUGAGAUUAAAAUAAAACAUUGUCUUGAAAUGCACAAAGCAAAAAAAGAUAAAUAGGAUGCAUAAAAAGGCUGGAAAAUUCAUGUAAAAGGGGGAAAUAUUUAUGGUAGCUAUACAAGAACAGUGUGAAACACAAUACCAGAAAUUUCAGGCUGAAAAAGUAGGAAAAAAAAAUCUUACUACAAAGAUUUAUUGGAGGACUUCAUCGAAGGAAUUAAAUAUGUGUGGGUUCAGACACCUGCCUAGUCCAGUAAUUCUUCAGGAGAGGUGUUUCAAUGCACAUAUUUUUCUGGCCUGAUGUGAAGCCCUCUGAAGACUGUGGAGCAGUGUCCAUGGUACACAGUGGGCUUUGGGGCCCCUCUGAGCACGUGCUGGAGAAAGCAGCAGAAAAAUAAUGUAUGGAGAACAUUCCUGCCAUCAGUAAGAAGAUGGCUUAGCUGAUUUAAUAGCUUUUUCUCAGUCUGUGAUUCUAACAGCCAGGUUUGUGAUAUUUAUUUUAGUAUUCAUGUUCUUGCAGUCCUUUUUACAUUCCUCUGUUUUUCCCUGGCAGACAUCCCGCAGCUCCAUAAGUCUGGGGGAAGAGGAUGGUUAGCAUGUUGUUGCUGUGGGGAUUUGAGUCUUAGCUCUCUGUGUUGGUAAUGCUGGGCAUAUAAUUUUAAAACUUGCACGCUGUAGAAGCAGAUAAUUAUUUCCCUGCUGCAUUUUAUACCCUGGUUUGGGAAAGGAAUACAUUUCAGAAUAUUAAAGGAAAGGAAAAGUUCCGGUUUGGGGGACUACUGGAAAUGGAAGCAGAAAGAGGGGAGUAAUGGGUGUCAGUCUGGUUAUCAGUCAAGCUGCAAAGAGACAGCUUGUUCUGUCACACCAAGAGUGUCAGUAGUCAGCCAAGCACUUAUGCAGGAGGAAAACCAUAGACUGGAAGGUGUUUCCGAGGGGGGUGUGCUGUUGAGGUGAGAUGUCCUGGUGCUCUCCCAUGGACGUAGGGAGAUAGCAGCCAUGAUCCCCUGAGGAGGCCGAGCCCCGCGCCGCAAGCAUGGCCUUCGCCCAGUCGCACAUCAUGGCAGCCCGCAGGCACCAGCACAGCAGGCUCAUCAUCGAGGUGGACGAGUACAGCUCCAACCCCACGCAGGCUUUCACCUUCUACAACAUCAACCAGGGACGUUUCCAGCCCCCACACGUGCAGAUGGUUGAUCCGGUGCCCCACGACGCUCCCAAACCUCCAGGAUAUACACGAUUUGUCUGUAUUUCUGAUACUCACUCAAGAACUGAUCCCAUCCAAAUGCCAUAUGGAGAUGUGUUAAUACAUGCUGGUGAUUUUACUGAGCUGGGACUUCCUAGUGAAGUAAAAAAAUUCAACGAGUGGCUAGGUAGCCUGCCCUAUGAAUACAAGAUUGUGAUAGCAGGAAAUCAUGAAUUGACCUUUGACCAGGAAUUCAUGGCUGACUUAAUCAAGCAGGACUUUUACUAUUUCCCCUCUGUUUCUAAGCUGAAGCCAGAGAGCUAUGAAAAUGUACAGUCUCUCCUAACAAACUGCAUCUAUCUUCAAGACUCUGAAGUGACGGUGAGGGGAUUCAGAAUAUAUGGCUCCCCUUGGCAACCUUGGUUUUAUGGCUGGGGCUUUAAUCUUCCACGAGGCCAAGCACUAUUAGAGAAAUGGAACCUUAUUCCAGAUGGAAUAGAUAUUCUUAUAACACAUGGACCACCUCUCGGUUUUCUAGACUGGGUUCCUAAGAAAAUGCAACGAGUAGGAUGUGUCGAGCUGCUGAACACAGUCCAGAGACGAAUACAGCCAAGGCUUCAUGUUUUUGGACAUAUCCAUGAAGGUUAUGGUGUCAUGGCUGAUGGAACCACUACCUAUGUGAAUGCAUCUGUGUGCACUGUGAAUUACCAGCCACUUAACCCACCUAUAGUUAUUGACUUACCUACUCCAAGGAACACAUGAUUAUAACGAGGAUUUAAAGUUGUACCCAACACAUUAGCAACUUUAUAUUGCUGGCUGAGAAUCCCAAUAGGGAACCAUUCAACAAAAACAAACAAAAAAAAAGCAAAAUCCUUUUUUUUUCCCUGCUAGCUCUUCACAGAUAAAUUUCAAGUAACAAAAGUGGAUGAGGAACAAAGACAUUUUGGUGCCAGAAACAGAUUAAAGACUUAACAUUUCACCAUUAAAAUAUUUGUGAACACAGAAAAGUGAAUGCAUUCCACAUAUAAAUAUAUAUAUAUAUAUACAUACACAUAUAUAUAUAUCUAGUAGGGGCUUUUGUAUAUACCGUGUAUUGGACUUAUUAAAAGAACAAUGUCUUUCAAAGGAGUGUUUCUUUAAGAAAGUUUGCAGUUUAAACUUCAGUGUUUAGACUAGGAUUCCCUCAUUUCAGAUGUUUCCCAGUGAGCUCUUGGUAAAAGAAAAAUUAUGGUAAAGAUGUUUUCCCUUAAUUAACAUGGCAAAUAUAAAAGAUGCUGCACAAAUGACCAGUCACUGGAGGAAAGCUAUUUCUCCAAGUCCUCCAGGUCUAAGUCUUUGCAUCUAUUCAAAACCAAUGCAAUAGAGGCCCUAAUUCACUGUACUGAAAUGAAGUUUUACUACAUCUGGCAUUACAGAUGGUAAGGGAAAUGGUGCAUAUUGCCAGCAUGCUGUAAACAGCUCAACAUUCAAGAAGGGAGACUGUGUUAAGUGCAGUAUAAACUCAGGAAUUUGUAACCUGUAAAAAAAAAGGAUGACAUUUCCCUAAAAAAGAAAAAAAAAGGAAAAAAAAACAAAGAAAAAAUAAUAUAACUGUGUUUUCAUAUGGUAAAGAGAUAUGUGACUGUAUUUAAAAAAAAAAAGAAAACAAAAAAAGAGAAAAACCACAAAAAUCCCACCCAGCGAUCAGUAAUGGUGUUUUAAAUAAAACCCACUGGGACCAUGGGUUUAAAACCUGCUGAUGGGACGUGCAGCCAAUGCUGAGAUGACUGGUUUGAGUCUGGCCCUGAUCAGGAGGGGUUAAAUGUCAUUGUGAUCAUUUUGUCCUCGGGGAUGUUACAGGGAAGGCACCAUCCCAAGGUGGGGUUUGGGGAUUCACUUCUGGGGAGCUGUAACGAGUACACACCCAUGGGCACAGAGCAGAGGGCACCUCCCCGGGGGUUGCUGUUUGCCCACUCAUGGGCACUGCUGAGAGAGGCCCAGGACAACCUGAAAUCCACCCGUGGUGCUGUAGGUGCCACCAGGCAGAGCAGGGGACGUGCCAUGAGCUGGUCACGGUGGCCCACAGUGGCACUGCCCGUGCAGCUCUCCUGCAGGCCAGCGGGGGUGUUGAAGCUGCUGGGAUUUCAGUCCUGUCCUAGGCAGAAGCUUAAGAAUUGAUUGGAAACCCACCAAAAGAAAGACAUGGAUUUCUGCCUUGGACUAACCAACAUCUCCUCUUACCUUGAUGGAGGUUGUUCAGCUGCUGUAUUCUGAACGUGGACAUCCUCAGUUUGGGGCUGAUGGCAUCUAGAUGUUAAUCUUGUUGGGCAGAGCUCAGCAGUGCCAGUUCAGAGCUGUCUGCAGGUCUGUGCCUGGCCCACCUCUGCACUCAUGCACUGGAUAAUUGUGUGUGUUACUUUUUGCCCAAUAUGUGGAUGUAAAUGUGAGCUUCACGUGGCAGCUGCAUGUACAUGACACACAUGCACAAUUUAAAAUACCUGUGUGGCGAAACCAGGCUGUGUCAGCUGCAACUCUGAGCCAGGUGGGCAGAAACACUGCUUUUUGCUGGUUCCCCAAGGGCAGCAGCUCUUCCAUCAGCUGCUGGGAGCCGAGAUAUUCCAGCCCAGUCACUACCUUGGACCCACAAGAAGCCACCAGACCCCCAGAAAACAUGACAAGUCACAGGUCUGUCAUUCUUUGUAACCUGUUGGGUGACCUUGUGUCUAAACUGAUGUGCUGCUUUUUCCUGAAAACGAAACCCAAAACAGUCUUUGACGCCUGCAAGUGGUUUUUGGGUGAGUGGUUCCCGUGAGCAGCCUGCCGUGAAUUCAGAGGGGGCCACUUUUGUCAGAGCUACUGGUGUAGAAAUUGCAGAUCAACUCCUAAAUCAGCAAGAACUGAAAUUCAUAGUCGAAUAUGAACUCCUGCCGUCACUGGGAAGAUGAACAAUAGCACUGUAGUUAGAAUAAAAGUGUCUUAGCUAGUCACAAUUCAAGCAGUUUGCAACAAAUGUGGCAGGAAAUUGGCUGUAUGUUAAAGUCUGAAAUGUUUACAUUCGCUCAUGGCACUUAAGAGACUAAAAUGUUAAAGUGGGGGGAAGAGGUCCUUUUAUUGGCCUCAGCAACAUUUCUAUGUGGACCAUAAACUAUUCUCUUAAAAAUAAUUUUUUUCCUAAGGUAUCUUCCAAAUACUGUGUAUUUUUAUGUGGAAAGGAUAUGAAAGCAGCUGUUACUUCAGAAUAUCAUUUAAAGUACUUGAGGUAUGAAAGCUUAAAGAUUAUUUAAUCAUUUUGGCAUAACUUGAAUGUUGUUGUAAUUUUUGGUCAAGCAUGUUAGACAAAUAAAGUCUUAAAAAACAAACAAACAAACAAACAAACAAAACAAGACCACACAACAAAAAACAAGGUCUCUUAAUAUCCAGCUCCGUGUUGGAAAGACUGCCAUGUUCUCCAGGGGUGGGGAUACUAAAGGCUGUGGGAUAUUAAAGGACACUGGUGGUAUUGAGGUAUUGAUGGUUUUGGCAGAGGGGGAUCAGCUGGCAGAGGGGCUUGGGAUGAUGGGCAGAGGGUGCCCUGCUCUGUGUGCCAGUUCCCUGCUACCACACCUCCUGCAGAGGGGAGCAAGUUUGGGGUUACACAGGGAGGGGAAAGCAGCAACCACUGCCUGUAACUGCUGUGUUUUGGUGGGAGAGCAUGGCAGAUGUGCCUGGGAGGCAGGGAAAAGAUGCCAUGAGGGAGUGCUGCAGAGGAGCUGUUGGGAAAUGGGAUGCCAUCCUUUGGGCAUGCAUGGCAGCUGGGGGAGGAAGGAUGGUUCAUACUCUGAGUGUAAGGACAAAACCCCACAGAGAAGGAGAUCGGGGCAAAGUGUCUGGUUUUAUUUUAACUUUGUGGGCACAGAAAGACCUGGGCUUCUGGUCUACCUCAGGUGAGGGAGACCACGAAGAGGAAGAUUUCCACAAAUUCGGUUUUGCAGUUGUGAGCUCUAUCUGAAUUCUGGGGUGCUCUCCCAAGUAAUUUCCUGUCCCACCUCCCUGUUGCUGACCUUCACUGGGAUCCGUCCAGAAUCACAGAACAUGCCGGGUGGGAAGGGACUCUCAAGGAUCAUGGAGCUCCCAAAGGAAGGUGCUGAUGUGUGUCAGCAAUGAGUGCAUUCCCAUCACCAGGCAGAAUUGUUCCUGAGAUUUAAUUUUGGAUCCUUUCAGCGAUGAAUAGGGGAGAUAUCACUGCACGUCAGUGGGGAAAAAAAAGAGAAGACAGGAUUAUUUAUACCUCCCUCAGUCACAUAUGGCCGAGGAUGUGAAAUGUUCCUUGGCUAGAAGGAAGGAGCAGGCUGGGAGUCAGCACCCACCCAGGCAGCUGCCUGUCCUCAGGCAGCCCCCACCCAGGGCAGCUGCACCCCAGCCUGGGGAACCAGCUUUAGGCUUUCACAUGGUGCUCUCUGGUAGCCCCUGAAGGCAGAACCUUCAGUGAGGUCACUGCAGAGAAUGGGGCUGGUGGGAGCAGCACGCUGGCCCAGCUCCUUCACUGGGGAGGUGGCUGCAGGGAGGAAGGGUGAAAAGACCCCCCUCAGAGUGACACAUGGACACAGGGCAGAUGAGAGGGUGCUCUGGUCUUGCUGCAGGAGGAAGACACAGGAGAUGAGAAGUAGUUUGUCUUCUCCAAACACCAGUUGCUGCCAAUAGUCAACAUAAAAGCUUCAAAGGAAGGAGGAACAAGACAUCCCUCGGAAGGAAAUUUUUGGAGUAAUCUGCCAUUGGGGAUGUCUGCCCCCCCUCCCAUUUAUUGCUGUUUGUAUGAGAAUUUCUCUCUUAAAACCCAUAUUAUUGCUUACUGCUCAUGUAACUCACAUACAGGGAGUUUAACUGCAAAUGGUCUUUCCUUUCAGGUACAUUCCUGUCCCUUUCUUGCAAGUCUCUCUGCAUCUGUGAUUUUAGUGCUGUGCUGGAACAGGGAGCUCCCUGGAUGAUUAUGCGCAGUGCAUUAGAACAACAGCAUUUUGCUUAUCCUCGUACAUGUGCUGCUGCUCAGCUUUAUUGACUGUCCCUUUGUUCUCUAUUUAUGUGAAAAGUGAAAAUAGGAGUACUUAUAUGUACCUUCUUUGUGCUGUUUGUUACUUUGUAUUCUGCCAUUAUGUUACUUUUUACUCACUUCACCUAGAAAUUAAAAUCAUUUCAAUUCUA